AUGCUCUGGAAGUCUCCGCACCCAGAUCUUGACAUCCCGACCGAUCUAACGACAUGGGAAUGGGCCUUCGAAUCACCGGAGCACUCGCACGUCGUCAAGAAUCCCAGUGGCCAGAUUGGAGCUUAUAUCAAUGCGGUGACCAAGGAACGUCUGGGCUUUGCUGAGGUCAAGGAGAAGGCCACUCUCCUCAGCUCAGCCCUCAUCCACGACUAUGGGCUCCAGCCGGAUGACACGGUGUCGUUGUUCUCGACGAACACGAUCUAUUAUCCAGUGGCAAUGUGGGCGACCAUUCGUGCAGGUGGAUGCGUGAACGGGGCGAGUCCGGCGUACAAUGUCGAGGAGAUGUCCCAUGCUCUCAAGACGGCGGGGACAAAGUUCCUGAUGACUCUGCCAGGAUCUCUAGAGGCUGCCGUGGCGGCGUGUAAAGCCGUUGGCAUACCCUCCCGCCACAUAUUCCUGCUCGAAGGCCAACAUCCCGACUUCAAAAGCAUACAGGAUCUCAUCGAGGCCGGCAAAUGGUGCACACCCAGCCCACCGCAUCGGAUACCCACAGGGAAAACAAACCAGGAGGUCUGCGCUUUUCUCAACUUUUCCAGUGGCACGACCGGCCUGCCUAAGGCAGUUAUGCUUUCGCAUCACAACAUCAUCGCCCAAUGUCACCAAUUGCGCCAGCUGCAGCUCGUACCACCAGGCCAGCGGUACCGGAUACUUGCCGUAAUGCCACUUUUCCAUAUCACGGGGCUGGUCAGGUUCUGCAACUAUCCUGUCUUCAUGAACGGGGAUUGCGUCAUGCUUCCUGGAUUCACGAUGGACAGCAUGCUGAAGACCAUCGUUGAGUUCGAAAUCCCAGAGCUGAUAUUGGUGCCCCCUAUCUUGAUUCGAAUAGUCCGUGAUUCCGUCGUCGACAAGUAUCUGCCUGAUUUGCAGAGAAUUGUCAAGAGAUGGUCGUCCGGCUCUGCACCUACCUCACCUGAAAUCAUCGAGCUGUUACGGAAGAAGUUCCCAGAUACUGGCUUCCGACAAGGCUACGGAGCCACGGAGUCGACCGCUUGCAUAUCUUGCCACCCUCCCUCCCACUACGACUACAAAUAUGCCACGACGGGCGGCUUGCUCUGCGCAAACACAGUCGCCAAGGUGAUAGAUCUGAAUGAUCCUACGAAGGAAUUGGGGCCGGGCGAGACGGGCGAGAUCUGUGCAAAAGGCCCGCAGAUAGCGAUGGGCUAUCUCAACAACCCUACCGCGACCGCAGAGACCUUCCAGAACGGCUUCCUCCAUACUGGUGAUGUUGGCCAUCUUGAUGAGGAAGGCUUGUUCCGCAUUGAAGACCGGAUAAAGGAGAUGAUCAAAGUGAAAGGCCAACAAGUACCGCCUGCUGAGCUUGAAGAUCUCCUGCUUGGGCACGAGCUGGUGGAAGACUGUGCAGUGCUUGGGAUCCAGGAUACAUACGCUGGGGAAAAGCCCAAGGCCUUCGUCGUCUUGAAGAAGGGUGUGAAUCCGAGUAGGGAGGUUGGCUUGAAGCUCAUACAGUUUGUGAAGGAUAAGAAAGUGAGGUACAAGUGGCUUGCAGAGGUGGAAUUCACAGAUGUUGUGCCAAAGUCUCCUACUGGCAAGUUGCUCAGGAGAGUUUUGAAGGCGAAGGACAGGGAGAAGGAUCGGGUGAGAGGUGUUACCGUGAGGGAUGAAGCGGAGAGAGCCAGGCUGUAG